CACAGGGUGGUGGGGCUGUUCGGGGAGCACUUCCGGUAUGGCGCUAGGUUCUUGUGAUACUAUGUAUAUGAUAUGCGCCAAACGGGUAGCCGCCACUUUUAGCGAAGAAUUUACCCCGCUUGCUUGUCUGCUCUUGCGAAUGACUUCGGCAAACUCAUGCCGAUUUCUCUCUCUUCUUUGGAACUUUAACUUCUGUUUCGACGCUACAGGUACAGCGCGGCAGCCUGCAGUACUUGUUUUGAACCAUGAUGAAGCCAGAGAAAGGAGCUUGAACUCGGCACGGCGAAAAACAUCCCACUCGUCAGUCUGUCGAGGUACGUUCAGCAUUGAGAACCCAUUGCUUCAGCGACAGCUAGCAGCGCUCACGGCGGCCUUGGAAAACCUUCGCAGUCAAGAUUUGAUGCUAUCUUCUUUGGAGGAAGUACCGAGAGCUCCGGAAGUGGCAGAACACUUAUUUCGACAUCUUCUUGGAGUAGAUGGAGGAUUGUCCGUGUUCACACAAGAAAAUGAUGGAUCUGACACGACAAACAGCGGCCCUGAGAAUACUACAGGGAAUCUUUCUGCUCAGUCAUCUACCAACAUGUUGACUCGGCUAGUGCGUUAUCUACAGGACGCAAUUUCUGAGUCCAGCUGUGCUGGUGAGGCUUCUGUCGUCGCAGGAGGCAAAUUGCAGUUGGCAAGAUGCGCAAUCAUCCUCUCACUUCUCGGACUCGGUCACCUCUCGUCGCCGUCCCCUACACUUCUUCUAGAGUCCGCGCAUGCCUUGGCACAUUCUGUCCUCGACGAGAACGAUUUUGCAACCGAAGUUGCUGCACGCAGGGUGAUACUAUAUGCCGCAGCUCUGCGCAUGAACGGCGAAGAAGCGAAUGAACAGCUAGAGGCGAUGCUUGCUUUAAGACUGUAGCUCAUUCUUGAACGUAUGAUCCUGUCUGAAUCCUGUGAUGAAGUGGGAUUUGGAUACGCAUGGCUUAUAGUAUUCCAUUUUUUCAGAAAAGCUCUAAUGAACCGCGCCACGCCAUUCCACGAGCAGCUUGGAGACCCGAUCUUAUUUGCCGUUCGCGCGUUCAUCCUAGGCGGCCCAGCUGUUUUUGGAUGUUACUCAAGUCUCUUGUCGCUUCUAGAGCAAGCAGAGCAUAGUACAACUUCUAGUGGCACAAGUAGAAGAAGUAGUACAACUUCUAGUGGCACAAAUAGAAGUACAACUAGUAGCACGACUAGCACAACUAGUAGUACAUUGUUGAAGGACAUCCUUGUAACACGUGCUAAAAUUCUCCUUGGUCUUUUUCUCCGGCAUACUCUGGAGCAUCUCAGAUCAAUAAGGCCUAGCACAACUUCCUCUUCUGGCUCUUCUUUCACAAAAUUUGACCACGUAUGCGGCAGUACAUUGCUGAAGCGACCAGCAAAAUUGAGCCAGGAAACAGAGCGUGCUGCUACAAAUGCUAUUCAAACGAUUCAAGAACAUCAUCGUACGGAGAACAACAACAGAGACGGCAACUACUCUAUGCAACUGGUCUCAUUGGAAGCAGCACUAGCAUGGCAUCACAUUGUCAUGGCUCAGGUCUUGAUGUUGAACAAGGACGAUGAUGAUCAUCAUCACCCUACUUCUCGACAAGAACAUGCAGCGCAGGCAUCCAAGCUAGCAGAGUCCGCGCUGAUGAAUUCUGUGCCACUAAGUGGGGAAGAAGCUACAGAAGUCGAGGUCGUGACAAGGAUGAGGUUAGGAAUCCUAGCAACAACAGCCGCAGAAGUCGCAGGCAAAUGGAGUGCAGCAAUCAAACACAUCGAAACUCUAUUGCGACACUAUCAUGAGGAUCUCGAAGGUAGUUCUAGUUGCUACAACUAUCGCCCGCAUCUCGCAGAAGUAGUAGCUGGAGUCGCACAGCAAGUAGUUGCCCAAACAGCUUUGACCUCGACGAGUGAACAGCAACAUAAUGGAAAAGCUGCAGGGGCGUCUUCUUCUGCCAAGAACAUUAAACAAGUCCAUACAACUGCUCCUGCGGAAAAGAAAAAUUCGAUUUCGAAUUCCAAGAAUGCGAUCUCUUCCUCUACAACUCACAGUACCCGCGCCAACUUCUGUAGAAGCAACCUCUUCGUCGGGAUCCUCACCCAAUUUUCCCAGAAACUUGUGACUCUGGACAGUGCGACUCUGGCAAGGUCAAAGUCCGCCUCGGUUCAGAGGCAGCUUCUAUUUCCCAAGCUUAUACGCCGUUGCCUGUGGCAGCUGUGGAUCCGGAGUUGCGUCUUUCAGAAUAAGUUAAGGAACAAUGUUGAAACCAAAAAGAACCAAUGUGCCUCCAUUUGAGUUGGUUGCUACGUACUUCUUCACCAUUUGUUGUGGCCUAUCACAAGAUUCUUGGGAGUGGCAAUACACUGGUCGUGGUGGUACUUCCUCUUGGGUGGUACUUCUUCCUCUUUUAAGGGUUGAAGCAUUUCAUUUUUAAGAGGCAUUUCUCACUGAUUCCUUCUUGGAAUGACGGAGAAAUGAAGGAAAGAAAUGAAAUGUUUGAACCUUUAACUCUUGCUAGUACGUACUUCUUCACCACUCUCCUCCUCUAACCUGCGAUGAGCAGGACAGCUUUGUUGCGGGAAAGAACGCCAAAGCGUUUUUGCGGAUUCUCAGCAGCUACUACCGGCAAUCGGAGCGAUUGGGCACGCAUUACAAUCCACGUCGCGAUGAAUUGCUAAGCUGCCUUUUGCAUUGUGGUUCGACGAGCGAUCGUGAUUUUUGCCUCACUACACUGAACGAGGACAACACUUCUCCAUGGAUCAAAAGGCUAGACCGCGAACUCAUUGGUUUUGGUACGAAGAAGGAAGUGGCAUCAGCUUCAGGGCGGGUUUAUCAAGAUGUUGCCUCCUUCUGGUCUGCGUUAGUCCAAGAUGCAGAGGACGAAGUGCGAGAACAUAGGUCGUCUGGGCACGAGUCCUCUGCUGAGUGCUUGCUUUCUCUGACUCGAGCGGCCUUGCCUGAGGAAGAACUGAAAGACAGAUUUCUAUAUGCGCUUACGUUGCUGUAGUAGCGUUUGACUUGAAGAUUACUGAAUAGAAAUGAAUUUCGAGAAGCGGCGCUCCAGCUAUGCUGUAGCAGGGCUAAGGCCCAAGGGUGGGCUUCGAAGAGUAGAAUAGGCAAGAAUUAGCAGUGGUAUGCAUAGCGACUGUCAAUUACUGUAAGUAAGUAGUACACCUAAGCUUUUUUAUACAGUGUUCAAACUCAAAUCUUGUACGUAGAAGCAAGUACUAAUUGCCGAAAAUAAAGUAACUAACGACCCUUCUUUGUCGAAGAAAAAUCAUCUAACUAACCUUGGAGAAAAAUAUUAACUAUUGGAUCAUUUGCUCAUUGCGUAUUCCACACUAGUAACAUUCAAACACACUGCAAACGCACCAUGGUCUGCUAAUGUGAUGCUGCUUACAACUCCUUUUUUGUUGCGAAUCUAUCUUCAUCUUGAAUCUCAUGCUUUGUAAGAAAAAGUUGGUGGACAGCGGAAAGAUGAAAACUCUAAGACCUUCAUGAUGAGGUUUUGGUACACGCCACUGAUGGCGAAGCCUCGUCUUGGUAUCGCACACACUCUCUCAAUAUCCGACGAUCCGUGACUGGAAGUAGGGGUUCAAAAUCAAAAUUGUGUCUACAACUAUAGUCUAAGAAAACGACCUUUAAGCACAAAGGAGAUUACGCUUUCACUUAUGCGCCUUUCUUUGAUAUGUUGAAGCUGAAAGCGGAGGUCUUCUGCUCUACCAG